GCAGAACCUCCAUCAGAAGGAUUAAGAUGAGCAACACGAUCAACUAAGAUUCUUUCUGCUUCUACUGUAUAUGAAAGAGGUCCAACAAAAAAAAGUGUAAGUAACUCUGAUCAAUAAUAGCUAAAAGAGUUAAUAGCCCAUGAAAAAGCAAAUAUUAUUGAUGCAUAUUUUAAAUUUAAUUUUUAGGUAUCGAGUGGUUUGUGUUGAUUGAAGAGUACACAAGUAGCUAACUUUAUCGGAGAAAGAAGUUGCAAAAUGGAUAGAAAUUGGAUGAGUGCGAAUAGAUUAUCAGCAGAGUAUAAGGAAGGUGUUGACUUUUUUUUGGAUUUUUGUCAUAAGCACGCAAAAAAUCCAAAGUUGAUUCUUUGUCCUUGUCUUAAAUGUGGUAACAUGGAGCGUAUGAAUACUAGUAAAAUAAAGGAGCAUUUAUUUAGGAACGGAAUAGACAAGAGUUAUAAGGUUUGGUGUUACCACGGGGAAAAUAUUAGAGUUCAUGGCGAGGAAACAUCUAAGUCUAAGAAGGUUAAGAAUGUUAACUUGGAUUAUCAGGAUGAUCACAUUCCAGAAAUGAUAGGAGAUGCACAAUUUCAAUCAAAUGUCGAUCCAUUGGAAUUUCAAAAUUUUGUAGAGGAUGCUGAGAAACCUAUUUACCCUAAUUGUAAUAGGUUUACUAAAUUGUCUACGCUUGUUAGAUUAUACAAUAUAAAAGCGAAACAUGGGUGGAGUGAUAAAAGUUUUACGGAUUUACUAGCUUUUCUAGUAGAGUUAUUACCUGAAGGUAAUGAGAUGCCUUUGUCUUUCUACGAGGCAAAGAAGACACUGUCUUCCUUAGGUAUGCAAUAUGAAAAGAUACAUGCAUGUCCUAAUGAUUGCAUUCUAUAUCGUAAGAGUUUUGUGGAUGCAAUAUCGUGUCCCACGUGCGGUGAGUCUAGGUGGCAAAAGAAAAAGAAUUCUGAUGAGGUAAAGAUUGGUGUCCCUGCAAAGGUAUUAUGGUACUUACCCCCAAUACCUCAUUUGGUUCGAUUCUUUCGAAAUGUCAAUCAUGCGAAAAAUUUGACCUGGCAUGCCACCGAUAGAAAACUAGAUGGUAAGAUGAGACAUCCAGCUGACUCCCCUGCUUGGAAAACAAUCGAUGCUAGGUGGCCUGAAUUUGCAAAUGAACCUAGGAAUAUCCGUCUUGGUCUUUCUGCAGAUGGAAUUAAUCCACAUACCACCCUUAGUAGUAAGUAUAGUUGUUGGCCAGUUUUGCUUGUGAUGUAUAAUUUACCGCCUUGGUUGGUAAUGAAGAGAAAGUUCACUAUGCUCACAUUGUUGAUAUCUGGCCCUUCACAGCCUGGUAAUAACAUUGAUGUGUAUUUAGCUCCUCUAGUUGAUGAUUUGAGUCAAUUACGGUAUGAGGGUGUUCCUGCAUACGAUGCCUUUAGGAAUGAAGACUUUAAUCUUAAGGCUAUAUUACUGUGGACCAUAAAUGAUUUUCCAGCUUUUGGAAAUCUUUACGGAUACAAAGGUGAAAGGGUACAAUGCAUGCCCGAUUUGUGA